AUGUUUGGAGAGGAAUAUCCUGCAGUGACAGAGACAGUGACGACAGUAACUACGUUUGAGGAAAAGCCGGAAGUACCCGAGGAAUAUGAGAAAUACCUCGGAAGAGAAUCUCCUGUAGCAGCGGAACACAAGCGGAAUCACCUAGGCUUAACUACGUUUGAGGAAAAGCCGGAAGUACCCGAGGAAUAUGAGAAAUACCUCGGAAGAGAAUCUCCUGUAGCGGAACCACAGGCUGUGGAAUCAGCCAAGAGGCGGAAUCUCCCGUCAGCAUUUUUAGAGGAGAUCUUUGGAGAGAAAUACCCUACAGUGACAGAGACAGUGACGACAGUAACUACCAGCGGGACCCUAAGGCUGGGAAUCAGCCAAGGGGCCCUCAGCACUGUUUCUCGAGAGGAGAUCUUUGGAGAGAAAUACCCUACAGUGACAGAGACAGUGACGACAGUAACUACGUUCGAGGAAAAGCCGGAAGUACCCGAGGAAUAUGAGAAAUACCUCGGAAGAGAAUCUCCUGUAGCAGCGGAACCACCUAAGGCUGUGGAAUCAGCCAAGGCAGAGGAAUCUCCCGUCAGCACUGUUUCUCGAGAGGAGAUCUUUGGAGAGAAAUACCCUACAGUGACAGAGACAGUGACGACAGUAACUACGUUCGAGGAAAAGCCGGAAGUACCCGAGGAAUAUGAGAAAUACCUCGGAAGAGAAUCUCCUGUAGCAGCGGAACCACCUAAGGCUGUGGAAUCUCCCGUCAGCACUGUUUCUCGAGAGGAGAUCUUUGGAGAGAAAUACCCUACAGUGACAGAGACAGUGACGACAGUAACUACGUUCGAGGAAAAGCCGGAAGUACCCGAGGAAUAUGAGGAAUAUCUCGGAAGAGAAUCUCCUGUAGCAGCGGAAUCGCCUAAGGCUGUGGAAUCUCCCGUCAGCACUGUUUCUCGAGAGGAGAUCUUUGGAGAGAAAUACCCUACAGUGACAGAGACAGUGACGACAGUAACUACGUUUGAGGAAAAGCCGGAAGUACCCGAGGAAUAUGAGAAAUAUCUCGGAAGAGAAUCUCCUGUAGCAGCGGAAUCGCCUAAGGCUGUGGAAUCUCCCGUCAGCACUGUUUCUCGAGAGGAGAUCUUUGGAGAGAAAUACCCUACAGUGACAGAGACAGUGACGACAGUAACUACGUUUGAGGAAAAGCCGGAAGUACCCGAGGAAUAUGAGAAAUAUCUCGGAAGAGAAUCUCCUGUAGCAGCGGAAUCGCCUAAGGCUGUGGAAUCUCCCGUCAGCACUGUUUCUCGAGAGGAGAUCUUUGGAGAGAAAUACCCUACAGUGACAGAGACAGUGACGACAGUAACUACGUUCGAGGAAAAGCCGGAAGUACCCGAGGAAUAUGAGAAAUACCUCGGAAGAGAAUCUCCUGUAGCAGCGGAACCACCUAAGUCUGUGGAAUCAGCCAAGGCAGAGGAAUCUCCCGUCAGCACUGUUUCUCGAGAAGAGCUUUUCGGAGAGAAAUAUCCUGCAGUGACAGAGACAGUGACGACAGUAACUACGUUCGAGGAAAAGCCGGAAGUACCCGAGGAAUAUGAGAAAUACCUCGGAAGAGAAUCUCCUGUAGCAGCGGAACCACCUAAGGCUGUGGAAUCUCCCGUCAGCACUGUUUCUCGAGAGGAGAUUUUCGCAGAGGAAUAUCCGCCAGUGAAGGAAAGUGCGACAACUCACGAGGAGGAACCCAGUGAUCAGGAGAAGCUGUGGAAGCAUAUGGAAGAGAAGCUAUUUGAAAGCACGGAAGAGAUCCGAACACAAGUAGAGCGUGAAGAAAGUCCACAAUUCACCACCGAGAAAGAGUCCCUUAGCGAUGAAACAACGCAGCCAUCGUUUGGUGACAGACUAGCAGGCUUCGCAACCAAAGCAGCAAAGAUAGCAGGAGGAGCUGUUGUAGCCCCAGUAGCACUGGCAGCCAUGGGUGCUUCUGCAGCAUACGAAGCAAUAACUAAGGAUGAAGGACCAAAGAUCAGAGAUGAUGAAGACUCUUAUGCCUUAGCUGAACCUUCACCUAAGAAAGAGAAAUUUGAAGAGAUUGAAACUCAUGGAAAAGAAGAGACUCCCGUCAGCACUGUUUCUCGAGAAGAGCUUUUCGGAGAGAAAUAUCCUGCAGUGACAGAGACAGUGACGACAGUAACUACGUUCGAGGAAAAGCCGGAAGUACCCGAGGAAUAUGAGAAAUACCUCGGAAGAGAAUCUCCUGUAGCAGCGGAACCACCUAAGGCUGUGGAAUCAGCCAAGGCAGAGGAAUCUCCCGUCAGCACUGUUUCUCGAGAGGAGAUCUUUGGAGAGAAAUACCCUACAGUGACAGAGACAGUGACGACAGUAACUACGUUCGAGGAAAAGCCGGAAGUACCCGAGGAAUAUGAGAAAUACCUCGGAAGAGAAUCUCCUGUAGCAGCGGAACCACUUAAGGCUGUGGAAUCAGCCAAGGCAGAGGAGUCUCCCGUCAGCACUGUUUCUCGAGAGGAGAUCUUUGGAGAGAAAUACCCUACAGUGACAGAGACAGUGACGACAGUAACUACGUUCGAGGAAAAGCCGGAAGUACCCGAGGAAUAUGAGGAAUAUCUCGGAAGAGAAUCUCCUGUAGCAGCGGAAUCGCCUAAGGCUGUGGAAUCUCCCGUCAGCGCUGUUUCUCGAGAGGAGAUUUUCGCAGAGGAAUAUCCGCCAGUGAAGGAAAGUGCGACAACUCACGAGGAGGAACCCAGUGAUCAGGAGAAGCUGUGGAAGCAUAUGGAAGAGAAGCUAUUUGAAAGCACGGAAGAGAUCCGAACACAAGUAGAGCGUGAAGAAAGUCCACAAUUCACCACCGAGAAAGAGUCCCUUAGCGAUGAAACAACGCAGCCAUCGUUUGGUGACAGACUAGCAGGCUUCGCAACCAAAGCAGCAAAGAUAGCAGGAGGAGCUGUUGUAGCCCCAGUAGCACUGGCAGCCAUGGGUGCUUCUGCAGCAUAUGAAGCAAUAACUAAGGAUGAAGGACCAAAGAUCAGAGAUGAUGAAGACUCUUAUGCCUUAGCUGAACCUUCACCUAAGAAAGAGAAAUAUGAAGAGGUUGAAACUUAUGGAAAAGAAGAGACUCCCGUCAGCGUUGUUUCUCUUGAGGAACUCUUAGGAGAAGAAGCUCCCACAGUGGCAGAGACAAUGGCGGCAAUAACCACAUUUGAGAAGCCGGAAGUACCCGAGGAAUAUGAGAAAUACCUCGGAAGAGAAUCUCCUGUAGCUGCGGAACCACCUAAGGCUGUGGAAUCAGCCAAGGCAGAGGAAUCUCCCGUCAGCACUGUUUCUCGAGAGGAGAUCUUUGGAGAGAAAUAUCCUGCAGUGACAGAGACAGUGACGACAGUAACUACGUUCGAGGAAAAGCCGGAAGUACCCGAGGAAUAUGAGAAAUACCUCGGAAGAGAAUCUCCUGUAGCAGCGGAACCACCUAAGGCUGUGGAAUCAGCCAAGGCAGAGGAAUCUCCCGUCAGCACUGUUUCUCGAGAGGAGAUCUUUGGAGAGAAAUACCCUACAGUGACAGAGACAGUGACGACAGUAACUACGUUCGAGGAAAAGCCGGAAGUACCCGAGGAAUAUGAGAAAUACCUCGGAAGAGAAUCUCCUGUAGCAGCGGAACCACCUAAGGCUGUGGAAUCAGCCAAGGCAGAGGAAUCUCCCGUCAGCACUGUUUCUCGAGAGGAGAUCUUUGGAGAGAAAUACCCUACAGUGACAGAGACAGUGACGACAGUAGCUACGUUCGAGGAAAAGCCGGAAGUACCCGAGGAAUAUGAGAAAUACCUCGGAAGAGAAUCUCCUGUAGCAGCUGAACCACCUAAGGCUGUGGAAUCUCCCGUCAGCACUGUUUCUCGAGAGGAGAUCUUUGGAGAGAAAUACCCUACAGUGACAGAGACAGUGACGACAGUAACUACGUUCGAGGAAAAGCCGGAAGUACCCGAGGAAUAUGAGAAAUACCUCGGAAGAGAAUCUCCUGUAGCAGCGGAAUCGCCUAAGGCUGUGGAAUCUCCCGUCAGCACUGUUUCUCGAGAGGAGAUCUUUGGAGAGAAAUACCCUACAGUGACAGAGACAGUGACGACAGUAACUACGUUCGAGGAAAAGCCGGAAGUACCCGAGGAAUAUGAGAAAUACCUCGGAAGAGAAUCUCCUAUAGCAGCGGAAUCGCCUAUGGCAAAGGAAUCACCUAAGGCAGCAGGAUCACCUAAGGCUGUGGAAUCUCCCGUCAGCACUGUUUCUCGAGAGGAGAUCUCAGGAGAAAAAGCUCCCACAGUGACAGAGACGAGGACGACAGUAACAACAUUUGAGGAAAAGCCGGAUGUUCCCAAGGAGUACGAGAAAUACCUCGAAAGAGAAUCUCCUAUAGCAGCGGAACCACCUAAGGCUGUGGAAUCUCCCGUCAGCACUGUUUCUCGAGAGAUCUUUGGAGAGGAAUAUCCUACAGUGCGAGAGACAGUGGCGACAGUAACUGCAUUUGAGGAAAAACCGGAAUCCUCUGUUGAAUAUGAUAAGUACCUCGAAAGAGAAUCUCCUAUAGCAGCAGAACCACCUAAGUUUGUGGAAUCACCUAAGGUAGAAGAAUCACCCAAGGUAGAAAAAUCACUUAAGCAUGCGGAAUCACCUGAGGCUGGUGAAUCUCCCGUUAGCACUGCAUCUAGAGAGGAGCUUUUCGGAGAGAAAUAUCCUGCAGUGACAGAGACAGUGAGAACAGUAUCUACAUUUGAGGAAAAGCCGGAAGUACCCGAAAAAUACGAGAGAUACCUCGAAAGAGAAUCUCCUGUAGCAGCGGAAUCACCAAAGCGUGUGGAAUCACCCAAGGCAGUGGAAUCUCCCAUCAGUGCUGUUUCUCGAGAGGAAAUGUUUGGAGAGGAAUAUCCUGCAGUGACAGAGACAGUGACGACAGUAACUACGUUUGAGGAAAAGCCGGAAGCCUCUGUUGAAUAUGAUAAGUAUGAUAAGUACCUCGAAAGAGAAUCUCCUAUAGGAGCAGAACCCCCUAGGGCAAAGCAAUCACCUAAGCAUCCGGAAUCACCCAAGGCAAUAGAAUCUCCAAUCAGCACUGUGUCUCGAGAGGAGGUCUUCGGAGAGGAAUAUCCGCCAAGGAAGGAAAGUGCGACAACUCACGAGGAGGAACCCAGUGAUCAGGAGAAGCUGUGGAAGCAUAUGGAAGAGAAGCUAUUUGAAAGCACGGAAGAGAUCCGAACACAAGUAGAGCGUGAAGAAAGUCCAGAAUUCACCACCGAGAAAGAGUCUCCGAGCGAAGAAACAACGCAGCCAUCGUUUGGUGACAGACUAGCAGGCUUCGCAACCAAAGCAGCAAAGAUUGCAGGAGGAGCUGUUGUAGCCCCAGUAGCACUGGCAGCCAUGGGUGCUUCUGCAGCAUAUGAAGCAAUAACUAAGGAUGAAGGACCAAAGAUCAGAGAUGAUGAAGACUCUUAUGCCUUAGCUGAACCUUCACCUAAGAAAGAGAAAUAUGAAGAGGUUGAAACUUAUGGAAAAGAAGAGACUCCCGUCAGCGUUGUUUCUCUUGAGGAACUCUUAGGAGAAGAAGCUCCCACAGUGUCAGAGACAAUGGCGGCAAUAACCACAUUUGAGAAGCCGGAAGUACCAGAAGAAUUCGAGAAUUACUUCGAAAGAGAAUCACCUAAGGCAGUGGAAUCACCAAAAGCUGUGGAUUCUUCUGCUAGCACUGAAUCUCGAGAAGAGAUUUUGGGAGAGAAAUACCCGAUAGUGACAGAGACAGUGACGACAGUAACUACUUUUGAAGAGAAGCCGGAAGUUCCUAUGGAAUUCGAGAGACACCUCGAAAGAGAAUCUCUUGUGGCAGCGAUGUUUCAGAAAGCAGCGGAAUCACCUGAGGAAGCAGUGUCUGCUGCCAGCGUAACAGUUCGUGAGCACAAACCUUCUUCUUCAUCUUCAACAUCACCACCACCAUUUUUGCCUGGGGAAGAUCGGGAGAAAAGAAGUGUUGAACCCUUGUCGACUACUCCGGAAUCUCAUUUAGUUCUUGAAAUAGUAGGUACUGUGUACUCUCCCGAAACUACAGAGGAAAAGCAUAUAGUUGAUUCAGAGGAGUACAUAGUCCAACAGGAGGAGAGAUCUCUUUCUUCGCCUAUAGCGGCAGAGCAACCAUUUUUGUCCGAGGAAGAUCGGGUGGAACCUCGUGUUGUGUCCAUGACCAGUACUCCGGAAUCACAUUUAGUUCUUGAUGAAGUAUGUGCUCUGUACACUCCCGUAGCUGCAGAGGAGGGAAAGCAUUUAGUUGAUUCAGAGGAAUACAUAGUCCAACAAGAGGAGAGAUCUCUUUCAUCGCCUACAACUGCAGAGCAACCAUUUUUGUCGGAGGAAGAUCGAGUGGAACCUCGUGUUGUGUCCAUGACCAUUACUCCGGAAUCACAUUUAGUUCUUGAUGAAGUAUGUGCUCUGUACACUCCAGAAACUACAGAGGAGGAAAAGCAUGUAAUUGGUUCAGAGGAUUACACAAUUCAACAAGAGGAGAGACCUCUUUCAUCGCCUACAACUGCAGAGCAACCAUUUUUGUCGGAGGAAGAUCUGGUGGAACCUCGUGCUGUGUCCAUGACCAUCACUCCGGAAUCACAUUUAGUUCUCGAUGAAGUAUGUGCUCUGUACACUCCAGAAACUACAGAGGAAGAAAAGCAUGUAAUUGGUUCAGAGGAUUACACAAUUCAACAAGAGGAGAGACCUCUUUCAUCGCCUACAACUGCAGAGCAACCAUUUUUGUGUAAGGAAGAUCGAGUGGAAACACAUGUUGAAUCCAAGAUUACUCCAGAAUCGCUCGUAGUCGUUGAAGAAUUAGGUGCUCUGUACAGUCCCGAAACUACAGCGGAGGAAAAACAUGUAGUUGAGUCGGAGGACUAUACAGUCCAACAAGAGGAGAGACCUCUUUCAUCGCCUACAACGGCAGAGCAACCAUUUUUGCACGAGGAGCAUCGCGUGGAAGCUCAAGCAGCAGAUCUAGCGACAAAUGCAGAGCCUCAGCAAAAGCUGCAGUCAUCGAUCGACGCUGCUGAACAGCACGAUAUUGCUGACAGAUCGGACCAUCCUGAAGACCGUCGUCUGGGUACACAACCAUCCUUGCAUCUCUUGGAUGAGGAAGCUCUUGAGAACGUUGUCAAAAUGAGGUUCUCAAGCACGGAAGAAUUAGAGUCACCUGAAAAGCAAUCAGCACAAACGCCAUCAUCGUAUCCCGAUGAGCAACACUCGAUUGCUGGUGAUGACGAGUGGAAGGUCUACGAUAACAGAGGCGAAGUCCUAGAGGAAUUUUCUAGUCAACUGACGGAAGAACUAAUUCAACAAGCAGAAACAAAUGCGAGUCUUCAUUCGGCGCAAUCUCCGCACAAAAUCAUCAAACAGGAGUCGUGCAGCGAAGUAGCAAUGGAACAUGAAGUUGACUAUCAUGCAGACCUUCAGGAAAAACUAGAUAUUUUGGCUGGAGAGCGUCGAGAGAAAGUUCUUUCCGUGCAAGAUGAGGAUCAGUUAGAGGUGAUAGACGAAGCGGAUUACGAGCACGAAGCUGAUGAAGAACACGAAAUUGAGCAGGCAGCCACCACCCUAGUCGAAGAGGCGAUAAUUGCCGCCAUGGAGCAUCAUGAAGAGGUUAAGACGCUUACAUCAACCUCGGAGUCAAAUGUCUAUCAUACCGCAACAGAACAUUCGAAGGACGAUCAAUACGAUACAUGUGUAACCUCACAGGACACCUACGACUCGGCGCAAGAGUGGACUUCGCAAGAGUCGGAAUACACAACAGCAGCAAGUGGUGCAACUAGUCGAUUGAGCGAAGCAGAAGGAAGACAAGGGAGUGUGACCCCACUGGCAGUUCUCUCUCCAGUUGACUCUGAUCGGCAGUUCACAGCAAAUCAGGACUUCGAGGAUGCAGUUCCAGUCAUUCGUCACUUUACUGUUGAUGACACUGCGAGGUCCACUCCUGACGUCGCGCUUCAGGUCACCAUCGAAGAAGAAGAAGAGGAGUCGGAGGCUACUUUACUUACAAGUCCAAGUGGUGUUCUUCUAGCACCCAAUGUGGACCCAGGUCGCCCGAUUUCUCCAAUUCCACCGAGCCGUCAAACCGACGAUGACGAAGAAUAUUUCGUCUUUGUAGAGGGACCAGACGAUAAGGCUGUUCCGAAAAUAACUGACGGCAAAUAUGCAGAGAGAAAAUCGGCAGAGACCGAAUCUACAAGUGACAUCCACGGUGAGAAGUCUUACUCUCGCCAGCACUCUGACAUGUCCUCCGGAAGCCAUGCUGAUACGGUGAUACAUCAAGGAAAGGAAGAUGCCGAAACUGCACCAGGCGUUGAAGACAUUACGUCAGCUUACGAACCUGCAUCUGGGUCGUCUGAUUCGUUAGACAGAAUGUCUGUGAAAAGCAGCAGUGUCGAAAAAAAGGAUGCCAUACCUCAACUAUCCACUGCUUCUCCAACAAAAACCAGCGACGAAUCUGAAGAGCAUAUGGAGAAAGAUCAGAUAAUGGACUCCCCAUCAUCUGAAGGAUCUGGUAAAGAAAAGACAAGUGAUAGUGAAGAAGGCUUUGUUAUUUGUCCGCCAAUUGAGGACACCCCUCUAGUUGAAGGUGAAUUGGAAACUGUGGAAGAAGAGCCCGAAGAUAUUGACUCUAUAAAUGGAAGUGGAAAUUCGUCUGUAGGGGUCCCGUCAGAUACAUUGGCCUUGGUUGGAAAAUAUAAACAUGUUUCAAGCGAUAAUGUUUCGUUGACAAGUCUCCAAGAGUUCGAGCGCUUGGAACAAGUCGUAAUUAAUCGGGGAGAAGGAAGUUUGAGUGCGAGCGAGAUUGAACUCUAUGCAGCUGGAAAACUACGGAGCAAUGGAGGUUCGGGUGAGGGCUCAGUCAGCUCACUCGCAGAAUUCGAAAAACUGGAACAAGAAUUGACAGCUAAUAUUUCCCCACAAGAAGAAAUUGCAAUGCUUCCUGAAAUCCGAGAGGAAUCUGAAGUAGAAGACAUGAGUGUUCGCGAUGACGAUGAAGAUGACCACUCGGAAACAGAAGUAAAAACUAGACCUAUUGACGAAGAAGAUCUGAGAGCCGCAACCCCAGUAGCGUCCCCGGUGGACUCAUUAGAACGUGAGCCCAUCGCAGUCGCCUUACCUCUUCUCGAAACAAGCACUGACUCACUUGAGCCGUCCUAUGAGCGUGUGGAAACACACACUCAAAGGGACAGUGAAGCAUCUUCGUUGGCCGAAUAUGAGGUCAUAACUCGGCUUGAGGAAAGCGUGAGAGAUUCAUUGGAGAACAUACCUCAUGAGCGAGACUCGUUAUUGGAAGGCGCCAGCCAAGAUAUGACCAGUCAAGACACACAUGCAUUGCUUAGCGGAGACACUGUGGGCACCUACCAAGAACACGAUGAUGAUGACAAAGAUUCGCUUGGUGGUGAGAUGGACACAAUGCUCCGCGACUAUCCGACCACUUUGACCACUUUUGAAACAACCGCCAUCGCACCAGACGGAACUGUGCAGACCAUCUCACGCAGAGUAGAAACACGGGUGCGUGACCCAGUGAUGAGCCACGUAACGUUUACCGGUACCGAAAGCGAGGAGCGGGCAACGUUACGCGCACCGUUUGCCGAAGACGUUCGCCCCCACACGUUUAGCUAUCCUCCGCGAAGUCACCCUCCUCACUCGAUGAUGAGGGAGAAUGAUCUUCAGACCAGUCAAAACUGGUGCAACCCUAGUGAUAUACGAGCAUCUCGCAGCUGA